AUGCAAAUGGUGCUCUUGUGGCCUGAGUCCUUGUUCCACAUGGUGUUGGUGAUGCUCGUUUUGCUGCCGGCGUUCCUGAUGCCGAAGCUGGGGGUCUCCAGUCAGAUUUCUAUGUUCCUCAAGGCGCUGAGCCUCACGAGUGAGUUCAACAUUCUGAUCGUGAUGCAGGGGAUCUGCAGGAAACUGUUCGUGAAAUUGUUCACGCUGCCGAUCGUGUGGGACCUGUUGUCGCUGGGCCUGGUCUCCAUGGUGGCGCAGCUCUUCCUGUACAUUCCGUUAUGCUUGAAGCUGCUCGCGGCAAACCUGAUUCUGUUCGUGGAAAGCCUCCUGCAAUUCGUUCAGCUGGAGGAUGCCAUCCUGAACGUCAUGUCGCAACGAGGCUGCAGCGUCGACUUCGGGGGCUACUCCUACAGGGACCUUGUGCAGGACGUGCGCGCCGUAUGCAGCUUCCUGCUGGGCGUGCUGCUGUGUUCGCUCUGCGCGCGCGAGAGCGAGCGCGCCGCCGCGGCGGAGGAGGGUGGCGGAGCGGGAGACGUGCUCCCGCGUUCCCGUCGGGCGGAAGAAGCCGAAGGAGCGAGCCCCAGGCCCCCGAGAUCCAGGCGAAAGUGA